AACCCACACUCACAAGACUCGCAGAAGGUAAAGGCACAGGAACCACAGGAUCGCGCAACGCCACGAUGCUCAUUCAAUCUCAAUGCUCCGUACUCUCUCCCAUUCGCCUCACAAACCCCCGUGGCCGGUGCCUUCUCAUUCCCCGCCCUGCCCCUUUUAACGUUUUCCGAUCGUACGGAGUUGUGAGAACAUGGCUGGGGAAGAAAAAGAAUGGGGGAGUGUUGGUUUCGGCUACGGAGGAGCAGAGCUCGAGCCUCAAUGUGCAGAAGAAAAGGAAAAUUGUGGAACACGUAAGCCUGCUCAAAGCGAAGCAGGAUUUAUCUGAUGAAGAAGAGAAGGAUAUGCUGGAUUAUCUCUACACAACCCAGUAUCAAAUGCGAGGCAUUCUCGCAAUAUCACUAGGACGUGUCUCUGAUCAAAACCCUGACAAGUAUACCCAUGCUGUCUACAUGCGUUUCCAGAGAAAAGAAGACAUUGGCAAGUUUUAUGAGAACCCCUUCUACAUGCGAGUUCUCAAGGAGCAUGUCUUCCCUUACUGCCAUGAAUUGCUUAAUGUCCACUACGAAUCUGAAGUAGAAGAUGACAUUGUUCCAAUAUUCCGCAAAGGAGAGGAAUUCAACUUCGGUGUGGAAUUUGUGCUUCUGCUAUCGUUUGUUGAUAGUGCAUCUGGACAUGUGGAAGAGGCAUUGGUUUCUUUGGAAGAACUGAUUGUGGGAUUUCCAUCCUUGAUUGUCCAAUCUACUCGAGGUCUGAAUCUUAAUCUCAGCAGCAAGGAGUAUACACAUGGAGUAGUGAUCAGAUUUCGGUCCUUUGACGCUUUUGAGAUAUUCAUGGGAAGCUCAGAAUACAAAAAAAUAUGGAAGUCGAAAUUCGAGCAAAUCACUCGGAAAACAGUUUCUGUUCAUUUUUCAGUUCAUCCAGUUGGCAAUGAGAUUAUGUAGAGAGGAUCCUGUGAGGGUUUUGAGCAUGCAUUCUUGCUCAAUCUGUUUAAUUCAAGCACUAAGUAUGCAAGCUGGUUUCUCCAUCUUUGUUCCUUCAACCAGGUACUCACUCCGUCUUCUUCAAAAUCCUCGUACGGGAUUACAUUAAUCUAAUCCGUCCAAUUCUUCGGGAUUACAAGCGAAAAUUGUGCAUUGUACUGUAGGAAUGUACGUAUUUUUUCUUGUAUCUUGAAUGAUUUAUCAGUCAAACUUCCAUAGCGCUUGUUGCUUGCAACAUUAACCUUCUAUCUGGUUUCUGAAUGACUUAUAGGAUCCUUCCAAA